AUGGAUAAUUUAGAAUACAGUGUCUCACCAGCGGUGAGUUAUCUCAAUUCACCUGAAGGAAUUCCAUUUGAUGGACGAUCGUACGCACUAUAUGAUCCCAAUUUUAAAAUUUAUGAUUCGUUCACGAUUAAUUUUCAAAUGAAAACGUUUGCCGCAGAUGGUCUUCUCUUAUGGAUUAGUGAUCCAUUACCAGAUUCAAGUUUUACAAUCGAAAUUCAAAAUCGGCAGUUGAUCGCACGAGCUGUUGCACGUGGUCAACCGUACAGUGUUCGAACUAAUUUCACUAAAAAUCGUCUAUGCGAUGGUGCAUGGCAUUUCAUUCAAAUACGUCUUGAUGGUAGUUCACUUGUUAUGAAAGUUGAUAAGCGUCAGUAUACAAAAACCGAAGCACGUGUUCAUUCAGUUGAUAUGCGUGGCCCACUGUUCAUCGCUGGUCAUUCGGAAAAGUAUUCUCCAACAUAUUUAUCUGUUCGUACCAAACAGUUCUUCCAUGGGGAUAUACGGCAUUUGAAAAUCAAUGAUAAUCCAGUUGAAUGGCUUGCACCACGUCCUACGACGGUUACAUCGGAUUAUUAUCAUUUAACGUCGGCUAUUUUAUCGACUACGAGUGAACAAGGAGAUCUCACUCCACCAAAUGUUGAUGGACAUUCGCCAGAACAAAUACUAGCUGCUGCAAAUUGA